CGGAGUGAGAGUCGGUCCUCCCCGGAAAGACGCGGCUCUGGUGCUCUGCGGAAGCCCCCCUCCAGGCACCCGGUUCCCUGGAGCCCCCCGCGCCGCGUCGGGGUCGGAUUUAAGGAGCGUCUGUAAGGAGAGCUGCGCCUCCUUGAAGAUUAAAGCCUACUGGUCCUGAGCUGUUUCCAGUCCAAAUGUCUGCGAAAUUGAGAGCGUCAUUAAAACUUCAUCCACAAACUGUAGAGGAGCCUGACAGCAUUCUGGUCGUGAAGAUGGAAGAGGAAGAGCAGACGUGUGAUGUGGACUCCAGCCUCCCCUGGAGCAGCCGCUGCAGCCCAGACACCUUCCGCCAGCGGUUCAGGCAGUUUGGCUACCAGGAGUCCCCUGGUCCCCGGGAGGCUCUGAGCCAGCUCCGGCAGCUUUGCCGUCAGUGGCUGAGGCCAGAGGUGCACACUAAGGAGCAGAUCCUGGAGCUGCUGGUGCUGGAGCAGUUCCUGGCCAUCCUGCCCGAGGAGCUGCAGGCCUGGCUGCGAGAUCACCGACCAGAGGAUGGAGAGGAAGCCGUGACUAUGCUGGAGGACCUGGAGAAAGAGCUUGACGGGCCACCUGAGCAGGUUGUCUUUGGACGAAAUGAGGACAUGAUUUCAGAGAAACUAGCACCUUGGGAAAUCAUCCAGGAGUCACCAAGUAGCCAGCUCAAGCCUGUGAAGAAGCAGCUUCACUCGUUAAGACAAAAGGGUGAGCAGCAGGACUCGGUUCAUGAUAAAGACACCAGAACUAUAAAUGUGAAAUCAGCUUCGAGGCAAAAGACUUCUUCAGGCAUAGAACUGCAUUAUGAUGUUUCUAACACCCUUCAUAUGAAUACUUCCCAGAGUUUCACAUAUAGAGGAACCUGUGAACAAGGUGGCAGGUUUGAAAGAAGACAGAGAAAUCCUUCUAGAAAAAAACAACAUAAAUGUAAUGAAUGUGGCAAAAUAUUUAGUCAGAGCUCAGCCCUUAUCCUCCAUCAGAGAAUCCACAGUGGAGAAAAACCUUACGUGUGUGAUGUGUGUGCAAAGGCUUUUAGCCGAAGUGCAGUCCUGAUUCAGCAUCGAAGAAUCCACACUGGGGAAAAACCCUACAAGUGUCACGAAUGUGGAAAAGCCUUUAGUCAGAGCUCUAAUCUUUUUAGACAUAAAAAAGGACACACUAGAGGAAAGAGUCCCAUCAGUAUCCUGAGGGAAUCAAAGCAUUUACUCAGAGCUUUUUCAACAGGGGAGAGGACACAAGGCACAAACACCCCUUUAGAGUAAAUUAUUGGUUAUAAUGGGCACAUUUCCUUUUGAGGGUCAUCAGAGCCACAGGGGAGAAUAUAGACUAUCUUAUGUCAGCAUUGUUUGCUUUUCUGCUUAUCAACACAGUGUCAAUUCAGAUGUUUGAGAUUCUAAAACUUAAUUCAGAUUUCCAUCCCUAGGGCAGCUCUUGAAAAGAUUCUCAGACAUCUAUUAUUUCCAUUAUUAACACAAAUAAUGAACUAGUAUAUUCCUUUUUUAGACAAGUACAUUUCCCUGUUGAGAAGGAAUGUGUGAGUUACUCAGUAUAAAAAAUGGAUAUUGUUUUCCAUUUCAUCACUUGAGCAUUGGAGUUCUCAGACCAAAGAUUAAAGCACUUUUUAAAAAAUUUCCUUUUGUUUUCUGUUACCAGAUUCAAAAUAUGAGAAUAGGAUUGAGGCAGCCCAGUAGAAUAUGUUCCUCAAGACCUAGGCUGAAAUGUCCAGGGUCAUUGUUAGGAGGCAGGUGAGUAAAGGGACUUAAUCUCUUAUGAAACUUACAGGAGCCUACACAUUAAACAGGGCUGUCUGGAUGCUUAUAUAAGGUUGAUGACUAUCUCAAUAUAAAGAAAAAAGGGAGCUGAAGAAAAGACCGUCCAAACAAGACUGACUGAUGUAACACGAAUGUUGGCAGCAUGGCAUGUAAUGGGGAAGCGUGCCACAGCUUACCUGGAAAAGAAAGCCCUUCAUAGCUGGAGACUAUCCUUCAGUGUUCUUCCCGGCCCCCUUUCUGGCAAAAAUCAGCUGUCAGCAUGUUUCAGGCCUCAGAAGACAGCCUUUUCAGGGUCUUAUGCAUUCUCAAUGAGAUCACUUUCCAGACAAGCUGUCAUGUAGUGAGACCUUGGAUUUUGAUCCUCUUGUACUAAUGAGGAAAUCACUGAAGUUCAAUUUAAAGAGUCCACCAAAGUUUUAGCCAUAUUUAAUUCAGUCAGAUUCCACGUUGAAGUAUAAAAUGACUGAUUUGUAUGUUAUUAAAAUUAUUCUGCUGGUAUAGGACAUAAUAUUCCCUUUUCCAGGGCUUCUUGAUAAAACUCUGUAUGUAUUGCAAGAAUACAUGUAUUACUGGGUUUUCCAUGGUGCCAGUUAGCCAACCUGGAAGCAAACAUCAGAAGUGACAGUCCUUGGAAGGAGAAGGGAAGAAGGGGCUUAUAGUGAACUUCUUUGAUUGGGUUCCUCAUGAAGUGUAAACAUUUCAUUAUCAAAAAUUCAGCCAUCAUCUAGUGCUUAGAGUAACUCCAGAAACAAAUGUGGCAUUACUGUGCUUUGCUUAGUACAUUGAUAAAUAGAAGAUGAGUAGGGGGAGAAGUAAAUACAAAUAUUAGAGAAUUUUCUGAUAGUGAUUAUAUUUUCUAGUUCUAGUAAUAUGCAUAUCUAUUGAGUUUGGUAUAUUUUUAGUUAUUAAAAAUGAAUGUAGGAGUCUUGAUUUGGAGCUCAUUCUCUAAAGAGGAACAAGCCAUCUAUUAAAGCAGCAAAUGUCUCAGAGAGAUGUGUAUGUUGAAUUACUGCUUAACUAUGGAAAGAGUUUCUUAGGCGCUACAUGAAUAAAAUGACAGAAUCUAAAUCAAGUGUUCUGAGGGAAGUGUCUGUUUACUUGGUGCUGCCGUAAACUUUGCAAGGUUGCAUUCUCUUCAUUGUGAAUAGUUUGAACCUCCUCACCAGAAAGUCAUGUGAAUCAUAUCGUCUGAGUACUCAUGAAUCUAAAGGAUGUUGCUGUGCACUUUGAGGUAGCUUUCACUUACAUAGGUCUAACGAGUAGAAGGUGCUAGUUUAUCUAAAUAGAGAAUUAUUAUGACUUGGGCUAACCUUGGUAAAAAUUAGCAUGAUAUUAGCACUCCCAUCAGAUUGGUUAAUUUCCACACGUAGUAAAUACUCCAAAAUGAAAUUGGUUAUUUUUUUAAAUGAAUUUUACUUCAACUGGGCCUUUGCUAUUGAUAAUCCUGUGUCCCUUCUUUACCUCUCUCCCAUUCUCUUCAGAGACAUGUUCCUCACUGUCCUUAAACUUUCCUGUAUCAGGAAUGCUUCUGGAUGCAAAGUCUACAUUUGGUGGCUUAAACAAAUAAGACUUUGCAACAGGAAAUCAGGAGGGUGAGUUGCUGCUGGCUCUCAGUCAGCAGCUGAAGAAUGACUGGUCUGGCUGGUGUGUGUGCCCUUCUUUUGGUCUCAUGCUUAUUUUCUCAGAUAGGCAAGAGAGCUGUCCUAGCUCCAAGAUUGACAACUGGGGUCAAGUCAGGAAGAGAGGAAGCGGGGCUCUGGCCAUGGCUGUCUCCUAUACUAGGAAAAGUAAAAGUUUUCCAAGAAACCCCAGCAGAAUUCAGCGCAUGUUUCCUUGUUGCAAGUGUGUCUGGUAAGGCAUGCGUUUUCAACCUCUAGAGGGAAAGCAGCAGGGAAGAUGGGGAUGGGGCACAAUGUUGAGUCAGCCGACAGUGCUUGCCAUAAUCCUGACUACCUUCUUCAUGGGCAGAUGACUAUCAUUUUGCCUCUUGCAUUAUAGAAAAACCGAUGACAACACUUAGAACCUUCUGCCACCAAAUCUACCAGCUUAUCUACACCUCAUUCAUACACUCUCCCUCUUUCAGGGAGAAAUUUCCUUUCUCCCUCAGAAUGAAAGAAGGGUCUCUCUGGUCCCUCACCAUUUCUUCCCCUCUCUGAAGGUCCUUGGCUGCCAUCAGUUAUUCUCCCUCUUCUGUUUCUUCAUCCUGCCUGCCUUCAGGAUCUAUCUCUUUAACAUUUAAACAUGCUUAUGUGAUCCACCCUCUAACUCUAUGCUUUUCUAGCCUGUCCUUACAAAAUUCAAGAUGGUGGCUUAUCCCUGAGUGAGGGGGAGCCAAAUGGCCCUUAACUUUGCCCUCUUCAUAUGCAUUCAUUUCUUUCAACUAGAGUGUUCAUCCUAAAACAUAAAUUUGAUUAUAUCCCUUCCAUGGGGACAAAACGUAGGCUUCCCAUUGCUUUUAAUGUAAAGUCAGACCUCCUAAACAAGGUUUUUGAGGCCCUUUAUGGUCUGGCCACAGCUUACUUCAACUUUUAUCUCUUGCCACUGCCUCCUUUGUGCUGAAGACAUUCUGAAUUAUCAGAAGUCAUCCUGCCUCUGGGUCCUUUACAUGUGUUCUUUGUGAAUUUUUAUCCAGCAUCUAUACUUUAACUCCUCUGUGUUCUUCAGGUUUUAGCUUUGAUAUCACUUCUUCCAGGAAACCUACCCUAACACCCCAAGAGUAGGUUGGGGAGCACCACUACACCCUUCUUGGAUCCCGUAGCAGUCUCUUACCCCUCGCAUUGCAAUUAUCACACAAAAUAUUUUUAAAAUAUCAAACUGCAAAUAUGGCCCCAAGGAAGAGGAGGAAGAUGAAUGAUACUCUGGGCACAAAGCAGUCAUGAGGUAGCAAAAGAAAAAAAUUAAAAAGCCUUUCUGAUCCUGGGAAUGGUGAGACAAAGAGAAGGUCAGACACAGUGUCCUUUCACCUUUUCAUGGAACCUCUGCAGAAAUUCUGGAGGGGAUUGGGAGAGAACUUGAGAGGGGAGAGGGCUGGGCCCACUUGCCAGUGAGUGCGUUGGGAGAACAAUUGCUCAACACUUCCUGUGCUCCAACUCUGGACUGUUGUAAGAAUGGCAGUGCAUUGUUGGGCAAAGCCUCUCCACCAGCUAACAUGUGGCUUAGAAGAUGUAUAGCAAUUCUCCGUGCCUGAUGGGACCUUGGAAAAUAGCUGAUUGUACCAGCUGGAGAGGUGGGAUCACUGCACAAAGUAACUGUGGAUCCUGUAGCUAAGAGCUGCAGGACCCAGCAGGCCCAGGAUCAGCUGGGAGUCUCAGCCACACCUUAGAGGGGUGGCUAGAACCAAAGUGGAGGCAAAUCACCAAGAAGGGAUACUGGCCUCCAGGCUAGCCAAAAGAACAGAUCACUCGUUGCUGCAAAUUUGGUGAGCAAGCACCACAGCUGUGCAGAAUAGAGACCAGAGAAAAUAAAGAGAACAGCAAGCCCAUCUGAGACCCAAUCCACGGCACCAUCUCACCACAGGGAAUGUAAACCCCGCUUCACAGACAUCCAGAUGGCAGAAAAGGGCGGACGGAGAAAUAGCCAUGUUAGGGAGUUGAACAUAAAAUGAGCUGAAUAGUUUAAUUCACCUCUUUCACCAUCCCCAUCCCCGACCUGGUGAGGUGGGGACUGAAGAAGCAAAAACAUCCGUUAUAAAAAAUAAGCUCUAUUUUCCUUUGCAUGUUUGAGAAGCAAUGUGAUAACUUUGUACCCCACUAAACGGACAUUAUAUCUGCUGUAUUGACCCCACUAUUUUUUUAUGCUUCUUGAGAGCAUGAGCUGCCUCAUUCACUGAUAUUUCUCAAGCAUCUGGUACAGUUCGUGACCCGUAAUAGGCACUCAAAUUCUUGUGGAAUGAAAAUAUUUGCAAAUCAUAUAUCUGAUAAGGGGUUAGUAUCCAGAAUAUGUAAAGAACUACAACUCAACAAACAACUAGA